GGUCACGUGACUUUCAACCAUGACUUCCUGUUCGUAGUGAUGGAGGCGCAUCGCUAACAACAAAACUCAGCUGUGGCUUUGUUCACGUAUCCGUGCACUGACACUCGCGGACACUCACUGGAGCUACGAUGCAGAAAAUCAAGUCUCUCAUGGCCCGGCAGGGUCUGAAAAGUCCUCAGGAGAGCAUGGCAGAUCUUAGUCCUGUAGAGAACCUGAGGAUCCCGAGCAAGGAGGAGUUGCGGGAACUGAGGGAGCAAUCCAUUGACCCCCAGGCAGAGCAGGAGAUCAUCAACAGCAUCGAGGAGGUCUACUACUCCAACGACUCUUUCGACAUGGUGCAGCACGAACUGGAGAAGCUUCCACUUGAGCUGAAUCUGCUGGAGCUGGAGGAGCAUAGAGACAAGCUGAAGAGACAACAGGCAGCAGUUUCUAAAAAGGUUGCAGAUCUUAUUCUGGAGAAACAGACUGCUUAUGUCAAGGAACUGGAAAGAGUGACAGCCUUACAGACGAACCUACAGCUGGCAGCCGUCAUUUGCACUAACGCGAGGAGACAACUUAGUGUGGCGAAAGAGGGAUUCACAGAGGCCAGCCUGGGUUUACUGGCCAAUCAGAGAAGGCGUCAACUGCUGACCGGCUUGCUCAAGUCUCUGAGGACCAUUAAGACACUGCAAAGAACCGAUGUAAGACUCAGCGAGAUGCUGGAGGAGGAAGAUUAUCCAGGUGCAAUCCAGCUCUGUCUGGAAUGUCAGAAAGCUGCCAGCACCUUUAAACACUACAGCUGCAUCAGUGAAUUGAAUUCCAAACUGCAAGACACUUUGGAGCAAAUUGAGGAGCAGCUUGACGUCGCCCUGUCCAAGACCUGUAAGCACUUUGAUGUUUCGCACUACACCAAAGUCCAGCUGGCCUACACACUCCUGGGCAAGACACAGACUGCUAUGGACCAACUACACAUGCACUUCACCCAGGCCAUCCAUAACACUGUGUUCCAAGUAGUGCUGGGAUAUGUGGAGCUGUGUGCCGGCAAUGCUGACACCAAGUUCCAGAAGAUGCAAUAUAAGGACCUGUGCACGCAUAUUACCUUGGACAGCUACAUCCCCUGUCUGACAGAUCUGUGCAAGGCAUUAUGGGAGGUGAUGCUAAGCUACUAUCGCACCAUGCAGUGGCACGAAGAGCACGACAAACAAAAGAAUUCCCCAGAUGAUGCAGCAGCAGCAGCAGAUUCUGAUGAGUUGGUUGUGGACCGCAGUUACGUGAAGAAGAAAUUGGAGCAUGGACUGACGCGGAUCUGGCAGGAUGUCCAGUUGAAAGUGAAGGCCUACAUCUUGGGGACGGACAUGUCCAACUUCAAAUAUGAUGAUUUUAUAGUGGUGCUGGAUGUCAUCAGCAGGUUGAUGCAGGUGGGCGAGGAGUUCUGUGGCAGCAAGUCUGAGGUCCUGCAGGAGUCGAUCAAACGCCAGAGUGUCAACUACUUUAAAAACUAUCACAGGGCACGUCUGGAAGAACUGAGGAUGUUUCUGGAAAAUGAGACGUGGGAACUUUGUCCUGUCAAGUCUAAUUUUAACAUCGCCCAGCUCCAUGAGUUCAAGUUCAUGGGCCAGUGUCGCUCUCCGUCCAUGUCCCCGAACAGACAGGCCAUGUUGUCGAACUCCCCGGCCCAGGAGGAGCUGUGUCUGUUCCAACAGUUCCUUCAGGAGGGAAACCCGUUUGAGAUGCACAUUGAGCAGAAAGAGGAGGAGACAGAGGACGUGCUGGCGUCUAACGGAUAUGAGUCAGACGAGCUGGAGAAGAGCGUGUAUCAGGAAUACGACAGCGACAGUGAUGUCCCCGAGGAGCUCAAGCAGGACUACGUGGAUGAGCAGACGGGCGACGCCCCUCUCAAGAGCAUUUCCCGAGAGACCAUAAGAAGCAAGAAAAAGUCUGACUACAACCUAAAUAAAAUCAACGCACCGAUCCUCACCAACACCACUCUCAACGUCAUCCGGCUUGUUGGAAAGUACAUGCAGAUGAUGAGCAUUCUGAAGCCGAUCGCCUUCGAUGUCAUCCACUGUGUGUCUCAGCUCUUUGACUACUACCUAUACGCUGUAUACACCUUCUUUGGACGCAAUGACAUGCCUGUCCCAAGCCCGUCUUUGCCAACUCACGGUGGCAGAGAGGCGGGCACUGCCAGGGUGGUGGGCCCUGCUUGCUUGUACGAGUCAUCGGGUCUAGGCCUUAUCAGCAGCCGAUUAAGAACCACACUGAACCGGAUCCAGGAGAGCCUCAUAGACGUGGAAGCACUGGGGGAGAACGCAGGUGUCCACGGCCCAGCGGAGGACAGGAAGGAGAAGGUGCCCAGCCCACAUCUCAGCCAGCUGGUGGUCCUCACUAACAGUGGAACUCUUUAUGGGUUAGCUCAGAGAGUGGUGGCCACUGAGUCUCUUGUGUUUUUGGCAGAACAGUUUGAGUCCCUCCAGUCCCACCUAGACACAAUGAUGCCUGCGGCCAAGAAGCCUUUCCUGCAACAGUUUUAUUCUCAGACGGUUUCUACGGCCAGUGAACUGCGGAAACCCAUAUACUGGAUAGUGGCCGCCAAAGCCAUCGACUACGAGCAAAUGUUACUCAUGAUGGCUGGAGUGAAAUGGGACAUCAGGGAGAUAAUGUCACAGCACAAUGUGUAUGUGGACGUCCUUUUAAAGGAGUUUGAGCAAUUCAACAAGAGGCUGGGUGAUGUUUCCAGACAUGUGCGCAUUCCGCUGCCUGUGUCCAACGUCUUGUGGGAGCACUGCAUCCGUCUGGCCAACAGGACGCUUGUCGAGGGCUACGCCAAUGUGAAGAAAUGUAGCAAUGAGGGCCGGGCCCUGAUGCAGCUGGACUUCCAGCAGUUCCUCAUGAAGCUGGAAAAGCUGACCGACCUGCGGCCCAUCCCCGAUAAAGAGUUUGUGGAGACCUACAUCAAGGCUUAUUACCUGACGGAGAACGACAUGGAGCAGUUCAUCAAGAAUCACAGGGAGUAUUCCAUGAAGCAGCUCGCCAACUUGGUCAACGUGUGCCUGGGCUCACACAUAAACAAGAGAGCUCGACAGAAACUGCUGGCAGCCAUCGAUGACAUUGACAGACCCAAGCGAUAGACUGAUGCACAGCAGAUGAAUCCCAAUGUAUCAUUGACACCACACGGAAACAACAGAGGGACUCCCCACGGCGGAGCCCCGAGUCGAAUGUCUUCAGUUUUUUUUUUUAACAACAUACUUAUCAAUGUUGACAGCAUGUGCAGUAGUGUACAUGACCAUUUCUUAGGUUCUAUGUUAGUCAGCUCUCUUUAUACUGUUAACCUGUUGAAUUCACACUCAAGCAUGCUGCACUUAUUCUCUGCGUAGUUGUAUCCUAACACCUCAUUACUUAACAAACGUGUUGUUUCUGAUCUUUCUCUAGAACCGUAGACCACGACGAACAGAUCCCGACUUUGUUUUCCAGAUUAACUUUAAAAAAAAAAAAAAAAUCAGAAUCUGAGUAGUAAUUGGGAAGUGAGGCAUUAACACGUGGUCAUUUGUGGAGUUCCAUCUUCUUCUGUUUAGUUUUCACAGCUCCUGCAUCGAGAAAAAAAGAGAAAAAAACGAGUGUCUAAAUUAGAUUGUCGCGCAAUGUUGUCAAUCGUUGUGCUAAAUGUCGCUCAAGAGAAUAUUUUAUUGAUUGUGCCCCUCUGCUAUCUGAAUGCAGAAGAUACAGUACAGUAAAUCUGGGUUAUUAUUGACUUCAAUCAUGAGUUUUAAAUGAAUCCAGCCCCGUGGGGUUUACUGUAUAAUUGAGGGUAUUAGUUAUGUCUGACUGGAUGUUUUAUGUUAUCAAUGAAUCACAUAAAUCUAAUAUAAUUAUGGACCUGACAAUAUUAUUAAUUGCCUUAGUUAUAGAUUAAACCUUUUGCCGUGUGUGUAUUUAUUUGCUCUCUUUCAUGUAUUAUUUUAUUGUCCUGAAGUCAGUCCGUCUUUGCGAAGGUGCUUCUCCUCGACGUGAGCCUCGGACCUUCGCGCUUCACAGUGAAAUGUCAGUGAUUUUUAUCCAUGUAGUUGGUUAGAAGAGUCAGGCGCUGGUUGGUGAUGAGUUAGUGGUUGACCGGUGUCAACUAGCAGAUUAGACUUUAACUUAGUCUUCACCUGCCAGUCGCCGCAGAUUGGCGUUCGAUGUCACAGGAGGAAGAAAAACAAAAAGAACAUUUUGAUACGGCUUCAUGUACUGUAUAUUUUGUGUGCAACUUAUUCCAAAACAAAUACUGUAAAUGUGAACAAUGUGUAUUUAUUAUUUCUUGUUUCACUUCUUUCUUUCUUUCUUUUAAAUAUGUAUAUGAUCAUUUUCAUCACCUCUCACUAUCUAAUCGGCAAAUUACAAAUAUGUAAACAUUGUCUAAAUGCAGUGCACUAGUGGAAAUCAGUAAUCAGUGUUAGAAGAAUAUCGGAAAAACAUGAUUCUGCCAGAAUAAACAUGCUAACAGUGAA